AUGAUACACAAAUCUAUCAAUCAGACACGUAAUCACAGAUGGAAAGGUAAAAAAGAGAGGAACUUCUUUGUCGACCGUGGAGACAACAGAUCGGUCUCGUCUUGCGAACUAACCGUUUGCGGCGAGAAAUCGUCGGAAGAGCUUUCUUCAACUGCGUGUGAAUCGGGAGAGGAAGAUGCUGAAAUGGAUACCAAAUGUCGAGAGAAAUCCUGGACGACUUCGACCCGUGCUCAAAAAUUACCAGCUGGCACGUAA